GUCCUCCAGCUCCUCCCGCUUGCUGGUUGCAAGCGAAAACGAAUGCGAUUGCGACUCAUGGCCUUUUGCAACAGCCUCACCGCCUGGUCCAAUCAGCACGACUCGCAUCGCUCUCCUGCAGCUGCGUCUCGGCCCGCUGUGUAUCUCGCCCCUCACCAUGACCGGCACAAUGUGCCCUAAUUAUUGGCCUUGUGGGAUGACAGCUCUGCUAUAAAGGGAGAGCUGAGUACCGCACGCGUGCGCCAAGUUGCAGUACCCCAGAUCCAUUGUGCUCCCUCUUUCCAUCCUUCGGACGGACACCGAGAUGCCACCCAGAGCGAAGCCGAAAAGGCCGUGGCAGGAAGUUGCCAAGGAAGCCCAGGAGCACCGUGACUCGACCCUCAACGCACUCAGUCCACCAGCACCGAAACUACCAACAGAGCUGCCUAGAAACGUCUUGCCCAUCGCACCAGAGCUCCUGCAUCCGAAUGUUAUAUUCAUCACCGACCUGCCUCCCGAACAGCUCCUCACAUUCCUUUCAACUGGCCAAGUGUCUGCGGUCGAUGUCACUACUGCUUACCUACAGCGAGCUGCCGUCGCCCAGGGCCUCGUCAACUGUCUCACCGAACUCCUGCCAACGCAAGCUUUGACGCGGGCGAAAGAACUGGACGCUUAUUUCCAGGAGCACAGAAGACCCAUAGGCCCUCUACAUGGCCUACCUAUCAGCGUCAAAGAGCAUAUCGGUUUCCAAGGCCUGCGAUGUACUACGGGCUAUGUGUCCCAUUACGACAACAUUGCCAAGGAAGAUGCGCAUAUACUGCAGAUACUACGCAAAGCUGGCGCAGUUUUCCACUGCCGGACCACCAUACCACAAACUAUGAUGCAUCUAGAAACAGAUUCCAACCUGUAUGGUGUCACGAACAACCCAUACAACAGAAAUCACUCGUCUGGCGGCAGCUCGGGUGGAGAGGGAGCGCUGCUUGCCCUUCAUGGCUCAUGCCUUGGCAUUGGAUCUGACGUGGGCGGCUCCAUACGCAACCCAGCUGCAAACUGCGGCGUGUAUGGUAUCAAGCCAACGGCUUUUCGGAUACCAACUGAUGGUUGGGGAUAUAUCAUGGCUGGUGCCGACACCGUCGAAUCGGUGUUGGGUCCUAUGUCAACAACGUUAUCGGGACUCAGGCUGUUCAUGAAGACAAUUCUAGAUUCGCAGCCCUGGCUGACCGAACCCGCCUUGGUUCCAUUCCCCUGCCGAGAGUUCCAAUUGCCACAGGACCGCCCCUUGAGGAUUGGCGUGCUUUGGGACGAUCAGAUCGUUCGACCACAUCCGCCAAUAACCCGCGCCUUGAGGACGGUGGCAGAUCGCCUUCAGAUUCAGGGCGUUGAAGUCGUAGAUUUCAAUCCAUAUCUCCAUGAAGAAGCCUGGGCGAUUAUUGCGUCACUCUACUUCACUGACGGCGGUGAAGCUGACGGCGAAGCAAUCAACUCUUCUGGCGAACCUUGGAGACCGCUUUCUGAAUGGAUCAUCACGCAAAAUACCUGCGUUAAGAAACUCGAUGUCGGUGAGUUGACAUACUGGCUCGAAGAACGCGAGGCGUACCGCAAGGAAUACGCGCUACACUGGAACGAGCUAGGCGUAGACGCUGUCCUCUGUCCUGUGAAUCCGGGUGUAGCGCCCAAGCACAACACCGCGAAAUACUGGUCAUACACCUCGCAAUGGAACCUGCUCGAUUACCCAGGUGUUGCAUUUCCCGUCACGAAGGUGGACAAGUCACUAGACAAGUGGGAUCGAGAACAGAGCCCGCUCAGUGAACACGAUACGUAUAAUCGGGAGUUGUGGGAUCCGGAAGCGUUCGAUGGACUGCCCGUCAGUCUGCAGCUGGUGGGAAGAAGAUUCGAAGAUGAGAAGAUCUUAACCAUUCUGGAGCACAUCACUGAGCAGAUCAAGUUGCCGUUCGAGCAGUUUCCUUGACUCGCCGAGCAGUUCAUGCCGCGGAAUAAGAAGGGACGUAGUGAGCCUCGAUGCGACCCCCGCCAUGUGCGGCAAAGUGGUAAUCGAGGAUGACGUAUAAUUCAAUAAUGGCAGUAUGCAUGAUCGAUCUUUUUUGAGCGCAAAAUUACUGUUAUUCCCGGCGUCCAUAUCUUGUUCUGGACCCGUAGACGUUGAGCAACCCAUUCAUAGUCUUUCACCUCCGCCCUCAUCCUGUCCGAAACUCUUUCUCCCUAUUCUGCUCUGCCAACACCUAUACCACCCACUUCUCCUCCUCCCCGCUAUUCUCAUCGACUUCAGCAUACUUCCCACCACUCUUGUACCGAUACUUCACCUCGCCAUCACGCUUCAGCUUGAUUCUAACUACCCGAUACGCAAAAACAAUCCUAUUCGUCGAUCCCCGAUACGCUACCGAUCUCUCCGACACC